AUGAAACAAAUUAACUAUUCUAUUUUUGAUAAAUGCCCUACUAGAAAUACGACCCUUUGGAAAAAAGGAGCACCUAAAAUUCUUCAAAUCGAUAGAGAAUUAAGAUAAACUUCAAAAGAAGCUCCCAUACUAAUAAGGGACGAAAUGGACAAUCUAAUUAGCAGAAAUUGCUAUCAUAUGAUUAACUCCUACUUCAUAUCAAAUAACUGCUACAUAAACAUCAAUAAUUUACGCCUAAAAUCUGUUAUUUACAAAAACGUAGAAGGAUUGUAAAUAUCUGGAAAACAGGAAUGUUUAUAAAUUUUUGGAAAUCCAGAUGUUAUCUCCACUUGGAAAAAUUACCUAUCUAAAUACACUGUCUAAAGAAAUUUCUAUAAGAAAUAUCAAGUACUCAAAAUGAUUGGAAAGGGAUCUCAUGCUAAAGUAUACAAAAUAGAACGCAUUAAAGAUUCAUCCAUUUUUGCUGUCAAAAUUUUUAAAUCAGAAAAACUAAUAAGCAAAGACAAAGGAAUUGAUAGUAUACUAAAGGAGAUAGACAUAAUGAGGAAACUAGACAAUAAGAAUGUGCUACAAUUACAUGAAAUAUUUGAAGAUGAAAAUAAUGUUUAUUUGAUUGUUGAUUAUUUAUAAGGUGGAGAAUUACUCAAAUAAAUUGAAAAUUCUCUGGAUGGAUAUACAGAACAUCUAGUAUAGAACUUAAUGUACAAUUUGUUGACUUCAUUGAAUUAUUUACAUUCAAAAUAAAUAUUACAUAGGGACAUCAAACCAGAGAAUUUAAUACUUAGAUCAAAGGAUUGUCUGACUGAUUUAGUUAUUGCUGAUUUUGGUCUUUCAGAUAUUUACAAUGAAUAAGGAGUUUAUUUAUUUUAAAGAUGUGGCACAGUUGGAUAUGUUGCCCCUGAAGUUUUACGAGAUGAAUUCUAUGAUUACAAAGUUGAUAUGUUCUCUGUAGGCGUUAUUCUAUUUAUUUUAUUAACUGGAGAAAUGCCAUUCGAAAGUAAUAGCGACACGGAUGAUCUACUAAGAUAAAAUGCUUAAUGCAAAAUUGAUUUCAAUAAACUCAACCAAAAGUCUAUUAGUCCAGCUGCUCAAGACCUUGUUCGCUUAUUAUUAGAUGAGAAUCUCAAUAUUAGACCAAAUGCAUAGUAGGCCCUUUUGCAUGAUUGGUUUGCCACUCCUAAGACAGAUACUAUGGUGAGUUUAUCUUUAUCAAAAUUACCUAUAUUCUAAAUAAGAUUAGAUUAGGAUGAUUUUAUUAAAAGUUCUACUCCACUUUGGAACUAAAAGGGAUCUCCAUUAAGCGAAUAAUCACCUCUUUUACCUGAGAAUAGUUCUGAACCAGAAGAUGAGACUAAUUAUUUUAAAUAAUUUAUAUCCACUGGAUAAGACCAAUACGAAAUAGGUGAGGAUUGCAUCAAUGAAGAAAAAAGCCCAUCUGAAAUGGUACCUAAAUAUAGAUUGUUAGUUAAGCAAAGGAGUCUUAAAUGA